CACUUUUUAUUAGAGAGAUAUUUACAUAUUCACCGUUCUAAAUAGUAACCUUUCACAGUUCCCACUGGAGGGGCACUGUUACCUGUUGCAGAGUUACCUGGGACUUAGUGCAUUGCAUGAUAUUGAAGAUGGCUCUGAAGGGUGUAAAGGUUAUAGAGCUGGCGGGCCUAGCUCCUGCCCCAUUCUGUGGAAUGAUCUUGUCAGAUUUUGGUGCCAAUGUUACCAGGAUUGAUAGGACUCCACGAAAAGGUUCAAGUACUGCAUACAGUUUGGAUACAAUGUCUAGAGGGAAGAAGUCUGUUUCCGUGGACUUAAAACAACCUGAAGGAGUCAAUAUAGUGAGAAAGCUGUGCUCCAGAGCUGAUGUUGUUAUUGAACCAUUUAGAAAGGGUGUUAUGGAGAAGCUUGGACUUGGACCAGACAAGCUUCUUGCUGACAAUCCUCAGCUUAUCUAUGCUCGCCUGACUGGUUUUGGACAGAAGGGACCACUCUCUAUGAAGGCGGGCCAUGAUAUUAAUUAUAUAGCUAUAUCAGGAGUGCUGUCACAACUUGGCAGGAAACACGAGAACCCAUAUCCACCAAUCAACCUGCUAGCUGACUUUGCCGGUGGAGGACUGAUGUGUGCACUGGGUAUCGCCAUGGCAUUGUUUGAAAGGACAAAUUCAGGUCAAGGUCAGGUCAUAGAUGCUAAUAUGGUGAACGGUUCAGCUUAUCUGU